UGAAACAGCCUGCUAGCUGCUCUGUCGGGCGCAUAGUGGUGUGAUUUCGUCUGCAUAUGUUGUCAUAUAGUUUACGAUGACCGACACUGCUAGUACCAAGUCGUUCCCGUUGUCUGCUGAGUUUGUAGAGCGACAGUUCCGGAGUCGUCGUCAGCAGCGGAUUCGACACAGUUGGUUCUCUGUUGCUCGCUUUAAACGCAACAUGCUGACGAAAGGAGUGCUGCAGAGUUUUCUUGAGAAUUCAUCGUUUGGUGUCGUAUUGCAAAUUGUGUUAGCUGUUGUAUGCACCCUCAUAUGUCAGUCACAAGAAUUGGAAUUUAAUGCCCAGAUGAGUCUGUUUGUGGGCCCACUUGUCUUCCCUCUGGCUUUCUCGAUUAACGCCUGUUACCAACGACGUGAGAAAGUACUCGACGAUCUAGCGAAUCUUAAAGCAUCGGCUAUGGAGCUCUUUUUCUGUCAUAGAGACUGGUGGAAGCCAGCAGGUCUGUCGGAGAACUUCUUAGUCAAAAGUUUACAAAAUUUGAGAGAUCUGAUGGGAUACGUGCAAGCUUAUCUGAAGAAGCCGAAGGGAAAGGAUCGAGUCACAUCUCUUGGGCGUAUAUACCACUGCAUGAGUGAAAUCGCUCUGGCUUCUGAGACUCUACGAUCAUCGAGGUUACCGAUGAGUGGACCAUUGGUGACUCGUCUUAUUCACUACAACAAUGUAAUGUGUUGGUCGUUUGAGCGUCUGAGGGUCGUCAGGGACUACAGAUCGCCUCGAACGAUUCAGGCGUUCUCCAAGGUACUCAUCUUUGUCAUUCCCAUUGUCCUCUCCCCUUACUAUGUACACAUUGGAAACGAUCCAACUAAAGAGACUGGACCUAAAUGGGCUCCAUAUUUUGUUGCUAUUCUUGUCUCGUUUGUGCUUGGAUCGCUCCAGGCUGUCGAGGAUGCCCUCGAUGAUCCAUUUGAUGGCAUCAGUGAAGAUGAUAUUAAUUUAGAUCAGCUUCAGGACUGGGCUCACUUUGCUCUCAUUGUGUCUCCUUCCCGUUCUCUUUAUGAUUCAGCGGCCACUUCAGUUGCUGGUAGCAUCGCUAGUCUGCAAGAGGUAGCUGCUGAAUCUUCUGUUCAAAGAAGAAACAAGCCAGACUCGGAACGCGACGACGAAGAUACUAGUGUAGCUGUAGGAACGUCAAUGGUUACUCCAUCGUCGGUUUCUAUUGACAUGACUGUUCAACAGACUACUGAUGAUAGCUAUCCUAGCCUAAUGUCAAGUCCAUUGGACCUCCUUCGUACAACUCCUGUUGAUUUGGGGCCUUUGGAUAUUGAUGUCGACUCAUUUGCUUGGUCACAAAGUAUAAGUCAGAAAUACAAAGAUGAGGCACUGGUAGAAGCCAAUGGUUUGCAGUCAUCAACAGAAGAGAAAUCACUCACUCCUGGCAGUGUAGCUGCACUGAGGAAGGAGUAUGAGAGUGAAACAGCUGGUGCAUCAGUGGUGGCAAAUGGCACGAAAACAGAGAAAAAGUCGCAGAGUCCUGAAGUUGUAGAGCCGGACAAUUUGUUGGAAUUACAACGAACUCUUGACAAACUAGAGCAAAACAGGAUGAGACGUCAGAGGAAUAGUGAAGACGGAGAUAUUUCCAUCAGUCCAGUCGGUGACUCGGGAUCCCCCGUAACAGUCGAAAGUCCUACAUUUGAUCAUUAUAACCGACAAUCUGGACGACGGAGGCGAAGACCCUCAGGAUCUGGUCAUCCUCUUCCUUCCACUCCAGAAGGUGAAGCCGUAUUGUCUGUACAUUCUCCGAAUAGGAAUGUGAGACGUAUCCAACAAACCAGCUCUCCGGCAUGGUCUCGAUUGGGACAUUCCCUUACAGAUCUCUCAAAUCAUCACCCCCAAGAACGUGCAAGUCGGUCACCAAUCGUUCCGGCUUUCAGCUGGACACAGAACCCACAUGGUUUGUACAGGACUCGUUCAGAGUCACUUGGACAAGACUUCUACCUCAGUGGAGUAGACAACAACCGUGACAUUCUAUACUCGCCAAGGCAAUCGCCAAUGUUUGGAGGAGCUGAAUUAGAUAUGGAUGUGCAGCCUGCUAAACCUCAUUUCAAAUGGGACAAUGACAACGUAAUGACAAUGCCUCAAAUGCACACGGAGGACGGACAAGUGUUUACAUAUGUAGCACCUGGUGAAAUUGAGACAGAUUUAUAAGGCAUGUUCAGUGUACAUACAUGUAAAGUAACUCUUGCUGCUGCCAUGCAGUCAAUUUGCAAGUAAAUUCACAAUGACAGUUGUUUACUAUGA